GCAGAGGGAGGCAGGCGGCGCAGCGGCCGUGCUCCGCCUCUGUGCCCAGUUUCCGGAAGGGGCCUACGAGAGCGGCCCGCGGAGAAGCGCAGCGGCCGGCGAGUAGGGCCGGGCAGAGAAAGAGGAGGAGGAGGUGGUCUUCGCCCGCGUUUCCAGCGAGCUCUCCCCUACGGCUGGGCGGCCCGCACCGCCGCCAUGGUGCCUAACCAGCUGCUCCUAUCCGCUGCCGGACGUGGCCAUGGAGGCUAUGAUUCUGAUUUUAGUGAUGAGGAGAAUGGAGAGAAGUCUGUGCAAAAGACUAAAAGUGUAAAGGAAGAUGGCCUUCUGAUAAAGCCAUUCCAGAAAACAAAGCAAGGCAGCUUGGUUCACAGACAAUUUGCAGCUGAAGAAUGGGAUAGGGAAGAAGCAAGAAAACGAAGAUGCCACCUGAUAGCAAUGGAUGCCUAUGAAAGACAUAAGAAGCUUGUGAAAGAUUACAUUUUGUACUAUGGUGGCAAAAUAGAAGAUUUCCGACGUUCUGGAGCAAAUGACAAGACGGAUCUCGAUGUUAUUAGAGAAAACCAUAGAUUCCUGUGGCACGAAGAAGAUGAAGCAGACAUGAAUUGGGAAAAGAGGCUUGCAAAGAAGUAUUAUGAUAAGUUGUUCAAAGAAUACUGUAUAGCAGAUAUCAGCAGAUACAAAGAGAAUAAGUUUGGAUUUAGAUGGCGACACGAGAAAGAAGUAAUUUCAGGAAAAGGUCAGUUUUCCUGUGGAAAUAAGCACUGUGAUGAGAAAGAAGGCCUGAAGAGCUGGGAGGUGAAUUUUGGUUACGUUGAACAUGGUGAAAAGAAGAAUGCGCUUGUGAAAUUGAGACUGUGUCCAGACUGUUCCCACAAAUUAAACUUUCAUCAUCGGAGGAAAGAAGUCAAAGCAUGCAAGAAAAGAGGCAGAGCUGAACCAAAAUCUAAAGAGCCAAAAAGUAAGAAGAAAAAAUCUUCUUCAGCAAAAAAGAAGUCCAAAAAAAAGACCUGUGAAGAUGAGGUUUCUUCAGAAGAUUCAGAUAAUUCUGAUAAAGAUUCAGAUAAGAGUGAUGUACAAGACGGUCCUUCAGAUGCUGACUUUUGGAAAGGUCCUCUGAAAGACACAGAUGAAAAAUCACGGGAAGAGGAGUUUGAUGAGUAUUUUCAAGACUUGUUUCUCUGAAGCUAGAGAUGGAUGUGAGCUGAUCUCCUUCAGGAGUUGUCAAGACGAAAGUCUGGAAAUCCAAUCAUAAUUAAGGGCCAGGCGCCUUUUUCUGCCAGCACACCUUUUUUACAGUCACUUGUAUGGACCAUUUGGAUAGAUUGUCUUUGUUGAAAGAAGGCUUCAGGUCUAAAAACUUUGUUUUCCGUAUGGUAGGCUGUAUACUCAUGAAAUAAGAGAAAUAAUUUUUUCAGCUUAAUGCAAAAGAUAUAUGAAACCCAAACUUAGAAAGGAUGUAAACAAAUGAGAGUAUAGUUUAUUGAUGUUACAUGACAGAAGUUGGUUGCUUUUUAUUUUGUCCCAAACUUCAGUUAUUGCCAGACUUCUGUAAAGGUGCAUUUUGGAAGAUCCUGUUACUAGUUUAAAAUCAUACACUUUAAUAUAUUCAUAUUUCUAAUUUAUUAAACAAGAGUUAAUAGCCUUAAAUUUUUUGGUCAUGUAGAUGUUAUUGGUCAGGUAUUAGUCUUUGUAAGUUUUUUCAAAUGUGAUUGGAGGCGAGUUUUUAUGAAAUAUGUAUUUUGCUUGAAUUAAGUGAAGUAUAUCUGAAAUGUCCCCCCUACUCCUUAAAAAAAAUUAGUUCAUUGUGACCUUGUUUUAAAUUUUAGUUAUAUAAAGAUCUGGUUGAUUGGUGAAAUUUUUGAUGUAAAAAAUAGAGUAUGUGUUUUUCCAUCGAGAUGUACAUGUGACUUUUAUGUUAUCUGUGGUUUCCAAUCUCCUUAACAUUGAUUGAACAUUAAUCUUUCUUUAAAGUGUAAUCCUAAAUAUACAAGUAAAAAAUGUAUAUUGAUUGAGAAACUUACUGGAUUCAUCUUCCUCUUCAAGUUGCAACACAACUUUAAACAUUCUUUAUGUUUCCAAAGAAAUGAACAUGAAUAGUUACAGUGGCUAUUUUCUUUGUUGGAUGAAAAUUACUUUGGAUCUAAAGGACAAACUUUCUUAAAUGUUCGUGUUAAACUGAGGAAAGUUAAUGUUGUAUAAAAUAUAUUUUUGGUACGUACUUGUCACUGUAGAUAUAUUUAUAGAAAGUAUUUAUAAUAAGUGUUUGGUGUGGAAAAUAUAACAGCAGAGAUGGUUACAGUGUAUUUAUGAACAUUUUACAUGCACUCAUGAAUAAGUUGAGAAGUCUAUUUACAAGUAUUACUUAACAUAAUUACAUUUUAAACAGUUUGUACUUACAUAAUAGAUAACAGUACAAGGACAUAUUUAGGGCGUCUUUGAGUAAGAAAUAAACGUAGCCUUGCAAGAAGACUUCUUUAGGUAAGAAGGUGGAUUUAAAGGUUAAUUCUCUGUCAUGUUGCAAGCUUGGUUGAGAGUCAAAUCCAAUCUGCAGCAAUCUGCUUACAAGUGUGCAACUUGCCCCAAAGGGCUUUUGUCAAUGUGUUGCUAUAUUUAUGGCCUCAAGUACUGCAUACUAAUUAUGUGUUCUGGAUAACUAAACUCCUCUUUGGAUCUUUAAAAUACAGUUAUAAAAAGGUACACUAUACAUAUUAAAUACAUAAUUUAAUACAG